AUGGAGCCUUCUGUCUCUUUUGACUUUCUCCCUCUGCAGAAGGACGGUCCCCACGGAAAUGCCUGGGGCCUUUUUGGUCCAACGGACCAGCUAGGUAUGCUGAAUCGCCUCACACCCGAGACAACGAGGGAAGCAGCAAAAGAAAUCAUCGAUGGGGUCCGCGUAUCCACCGACUGGUCACUGAACAGUAUGCAAAAGCCGUGUUUUGGCCGUUCAAAACUCGAACACGUCGUGAAGAACAAAGCACCGCGAGCUGUCAACGAUGACAGCCUCGCUUUCAAUACGCAAAUUAGCUCUCAGUGGGACGGAUUCAGGCACUACGGCUACCAGAAUGAGAAGAUCUAUCUAAACGGGUGUACUCUGGAGGAGAUCCAAACUGGGGAUAGAAAUGGAAUUCAUGUGUGGGUUGAAAAUGGGGGGAUUGUAGGACGCGGCGUUCUCCUUGAUUAUGCCUCCUGGGCGGAAGCACAGGGGAAAUCAAUCAACUGCUUCGCUACCACAUCCAUCCCUGUCUCUACACUAAAGGACAUCGCCACUCACCAAGGGACAACAUUCAAGAAAGGCGACAUCCUAUUUAUCCGCACAGGCUGGACCCGUGCCUAUGAAAAUCUCUCCGCAGAAGAGUGCCAAGACCUCGCCGAUCACAAGACCCCACCGGCCAUUGGUGUCGAAUCAUCCGAAGACACCCUGCGCUGGAUCUGGGAUGAAGGCUUCGCAGCUGUUGCGGGGGACAUGCCUAGUUUCGAAGCAUGGCCGUGUCAGAAUACUGAUUUCUGGUUGCAUGAAUGGUUGCUAGCAGGCUGGGGCCUCCCCAUUGGAGAGUUGUUUGAUCUGGAUCGAUUAAGCCAAGAGUGUCGGAAGAGGAACCGAUGGAGCUUUUUCUUCAGUAGUGUUCCGCUGAAGGUGCCUGGUGGAGUUGCUAGUCCACCUAAUGGUGUUGCCAUCCUCUGA